AUGGUGCUGUUGAACCAGAGCGGCGGCAGUAGCGGCGGAGGGGCAGCGAGGAAGACGACGCAGGGAAGAAAAAAGAUAGAAAUCAAGAAGAUCGAAAAUCUGAGCAACCGUCAGGUAACGUUUUCGAAGCGGCGGGCGGGUUUGUUCAAGAAGGCGAGCGAGCUCUGCAUUCUGAGCGGCGCGGAGAUCGCAAUUAUAAUCCACUCGCUGGGGAAGCGGAUCUUCUCGUUCGGGCAUCCGACGACGGACUCGGUGGUGGAUCGGUUCCUGACGGGGGCGGAGGAGGCUGCCGGCCGGGCGGCGGAGAGUAGUUGUAGUAUGCCGGCGGUGAGGGCGGCGGAGUACAACCGCCAUUACGCGGACGUGUGCAAGGAGUUGGAGGCGGAGAAGAAGCGGAGGGAGAUGAUAGAGGCGGCGAAGCAGGCCGGGAUGUACGGCGGCGGCGGCGGAGGGGAGGAGUGGUGGAGCGAGCCGGUGGAGGGGCUGGAUCUGGAGGAGCUGGAGCAGUACGAGGCGGCGCUGAAGGAGCUGGUGAAGAACGUCACGAUGAAGGCGGACGAUCUGAUGCUCAUACAGAAUUCCUCCGGGGGGAAUAUUCCGAUGGGGAUGGAAGUCAUGAUGGCCGGCGGCGGCGGCGAAUCGUCGUCGCUGGCGAACCCCAAUAAUAAUAAUAAUAUUAUUAAUAACCAUAAUGAUGAGUUUAGUUCGGCGGCAGGAUUUGAGUAUGGGAAUGGGAGUGGCAGCGGCAGCUGCUGCAUGGCAUUAAUGGCUGCUCCUGCUCAUCAUCCAAACUGUUAUCCACCUCAUCCUCAACCUCAACAUCCUCAUCCUGAUCAUAAUCUUCCUCUUCUUUACGGAGGAGGAUUCGAUCAUCAUCAUCAUCAGGCAGGGUGCAGUAGCCAUAGCCAUGCCCAUGCCGAUACUUGAAUCAAUGGGUGAGUGCAUUCCUGCCUCGUCGUUUUGCUUUAUUUAAUUUCUCUUCUAUUCGAUUCUAUUAUAUUCUGUGCCAUUAUUUAUCAUUACUAAUUAAACAGGUCUUAAUCAUGUUUUCUUUUAA